GGUGAUUAAAAAUAAAUAAAGAAGUGGAGAAGUGUGCAAAAGUGGACACGCCCCAGUGGAUUCACGGUAUUCAUGGUCUACCUAGCCACCUCCUCACUUGUGGCUCAUCAGACACACCCCUUUGUGAGAGAUGUAGAAGACACUGUGGAGGCGGACGGUGGAGGCGGAGAUGAGGCAGGCGACGACGCGUUGGCCGGUGGUGGAGGCGAGAGAGAUGUCGAUGGAGCUGGAGUCGACGGCGGAGGCGGAGAAGCGACUGACGCUACGGGUGGUGGAGGAGAAGAUGCCGGCGGCGGAGAUGAGGCUACUGGUGGUGGUGGAGAAGUGGAUGGCGGCGGCGAGGUAGUGGUCGACGCUGCGGGCGGCGGCGAUGUGGUGUUUGUCGCCGGUGAGGACACCGGAGCCGGAGAUGAGGACAUUCUCUCUCUAUAUAUAUAUAGAAGUAGCUAUGGGCCACGGUGGCAUGGCUGUGUAGCCGCAACGGUGAUGGUCCUUGGUUCUUUUUCUCACGCUCGUGGCAGAGAGAGGGAGAUUGGUUUCAGCUGUUACUGCUGUGUAUCUUUGUCAUGCAUGGAAAGAGAGUGCAUGUGUGAGAGGUGUGCUGUGUGUGUCAUGCCCAUCAUUGUUGCAGACAUGGUGUUCGACGAAAUGUCCCAGAGGGAUUUUGGGUUUGCUUCGGCGAGGUGGUGA